CCCGCGCUGUUUUGGGGGAUGUCUGUUUGCUAACGCCUGCUUAUCUACUAGACCUUUACACACAAACCAACCAACAUGGAGGACUAUGAAGUUCGCUCGGCUGCUAGUAUCCUGGCCUCAGUCAAAGAGCAGGAGGCCCGUUUCGAACAGCUCACCCGCGCGCUGGAGGAGGAGCGCCGCAACGUCAACCUACAACUGGAGAGGGCCAACCUGCCCGCUAACGCCACUGCCAGUCAGCCCCUCGCAUGGCAACAGAUGGUCAUGCAGGAGCAGAGUCCCAGUAACGCCACAUCCCUGUCCAUGAUGCAGGAGCCCCAGGAGGUGGUGGAGGAGACGGUCACCAUCGAAGAAGAUCCCGGGACACCCACCUCUCACGUCUCCGUGGUAACCUCUGACGAUGGGACCACCCGGCGCACAGAAACCAAGGAUAUGUCUAACAACCUGAAGGUGACUAAAAUGGUGAAGACCGUGACCACGCGGACGGUGCGACAGGUGCCCCUCGGCCCUGAUGGUUUGCCCCUCCCCGAUGGAACAUCUCCUCUGGGCAGCUAUGACUCUAUCGAUCGCCGCUACAUGAAGAACGGCGGCUACAUCACCCCUCAAGCCAGCUCCACCCUCACGCGUGGCUACACCAACUCCUACAACGACUCGUACGCAGACACCCCUGAGAGCCAGUACAUCCGCCACUAUGGGCUGCACGACGGCUAUGCGGAUUUGACAGACAACUACGGCAGCCUAUCCCGCGGAGUCAACUACCGACCCCCACGGUACCCCUACAUGCCGAACAGCUACCGCCCCGAGAAUAGCUACACUUUACCCAUUCGUAAGGAUGACUAUGGCCAUGUUGCCCAGCCCCAGGUGCCGAUGGGAAGUAGCACGGUGGAUUUGAAUCGUUCGCAGCCGGAGAGGUUUCAGCCCGAGCCGUACGGGCUGGAGGAUGAUAGACGGAGCAUGGGAGCGGAGGAGGAGGAGCCGUACGAGCUGGAACCGGAUUACUCGACCGCAAACAGGCGCACGCUGCAGUCAGCCAACAGGGGACGCACUCACAGGGAACCACUGCGGGAUGGACCCAGAGUCAGGGGCUACCCAGACGAGCCCAUUGAUACAGAGUUAAUCGAUGAUCGCCACCACCCGUACAUCCACAGCAUGUACUCUGCCCCGCUCGCCCAGCCCGAGAGAGGAAGCAUGGCCAGCCUCGAUCGCAUGGGCGGCCGACGCUCGCCCUCCAUUGACAGCAUCCGCAAAGACCCACGCUGGAGGGACCCCGAUCUACCCGAAGUCAUCGCUAUGCUAGGUCACCCCAUCGACCCCGUGAAAUCUAAUGCGGCCGCUUACCUGCAGCAUCUGUGCUACGAAAAUGAUAAAAUUAAGAAAGAUGUGCGUCAGUUGAAGGGAAUACCGGUGCUGGUGGGGCUCCUGGACCACCCAAAAUCUGAGGUGCAUCGUAAAGCGUGUGGAGCACUGCGUAAUAUCUCCUACGGGAAGGAUAAUGACAACAAAGUGGCCAUCAAAAACUGUGACGGCAUCCCAGCGCUCAUUCGACUGCUGAGAAAGACCAACGACAUGGAGGUCAGAGAACUCAUCACAGGAACCCUGUGGAACCUGUCAUCCUAUGAGCCUCUGAAGAUGGUGAUCAUAAACCACGGGCUGCAGACCAUGACAAACGAGGUGAUCAUCCCUCACUCGGGAUGGGAGCACGAGCCCAACGAAGACUCCAAACCCCGCGACGCAGAGUGGACCACAGUCUUCAAGAACACUUCGGGUUGUCUCAGAAAUGUGAGUUCGGACGGGGCUGAGGCUCGACGUCGGCUGAGGGAGUGUGAUGGUUUGGUGGACGCUCUUCUCCACGCUCUGCAGUCGGCUGUGGGCAAGAAAGACAUGGACAAUAAGUCUGUGGAGAACUGUGUGUGCAUCAUGAGAAACCUGUCGUACCACGUUCACAAAGAGGUCCCAGGGGCUGAGAAGUACCAGGACCCCAACGGACUGCAGGCCCCAGGGUCAGCAGGGCCUCAGAGGAAGAAGAAGGAUGACGGAGGCUGUUUUGGAGGCAAGAAGGCCAAAGGCAGAAAAAAUGGUGAAAACGACAAAAACUAUGACACGUUGGAUCUGCCCAAGCGCACUGAGCCGUCAAGAGGCUUUGAGCUGCUGUAUCAGCCCGAAGUGGUGCGCCUCUACCUGUCCCUGCUGACCGAGAGCCAGAACUACAACACCCUGGAGGCCGCCGCGGGGGCUCUACAAAACCUUAGCGCGGGGCAGUGGACCUGGUCCAACUACAUCCGUGCCACAGUUCGUAAGGAGAAAGGUCUGCCCAUCCUGGUGGAGCUGCUGCGCUCCGACUCAGACAAAGUGGUCCGUGCUGUGGCCAUCGCUCUACGGAAUCUCUCUAUUGACCGGCGCAACAAGGACCUGAUAGGAAGCUAUGCCAUGCGGGACUUAGUGAGUAACCUGCCCAGCGGUCAGCAAAGGCCAGCCAAAAACCUGGAGGAAGACACUGUGGUGGCCAUACUCAACACCAUCCACGAGAUUGUGACAGACAGCUCUGAAAACGCCCGUUCUCUCAUUCAAGCACAAGCCAUCGAGAAGCUAGUGGCUAUCAACAGGACAAGCCAAUCGUCUCGUGAAACAAAAGCAGCUUCCCAUGUUCUACAGACGGUUUGGAGUUACAAGGAGCUGAGAAACGCGCUGACCAAGGAUGGGUGGAACAAAAGCCACUUCCAGCCUACAGUGACCGCAACCCCAAAAGCAACAAAAAAUGGCAGAACAGGCUAUGAUGACACCACUUUGCCACUAAUGGAGAAGAACCAAGACGGCUACACCACCAUUGACCACCGAGACAAAGAGUGCAAAUAUAGGAACGAUGGAUCGGCGGACAUGACAGAACGGGAGCCUCUGAAGGCUUAACCUGAAACCAGCAUGAAUCCGGUCUGGAGGAGAAUCUCAUAUCACCACUGCCAUUUCACAAGAAGCCACACGGAGUCAGACUUUGUACAGAAAAAUAAAUAAAUAAAUGAGAAAAAAAAAAUAAAAAUCACUACUGCGACUACCCAGCAGCAGCCAGCAUUCUCCUGCUUUUGGGGGGAAAAAAACAUAAAAAAUACGAAAAAAGGACCACAAUUUCAACUACUUUUCUCAUAUCUACAUUCCCACUGGACUGGACAUCAUGUGAUUUUUUUUUUUUACAGUGUUGACUCUUAUGGAGCGCUACCAUUACAAACAAGUGGACUGAGGCCGGUUCUGAAAUGUGAUAAACUUUGAAGGUGCAAAGAGAUGGACAAGAAGGCAAAUAUUAUGUUGGGAAGAUGAAUGAAAUGAAAACAGAAAGUUGUUCCAGAUCUUGAGCUUUUGUAUUUGUUUUGAAGCCAAGAAUUUGAGCAUGUGGGAAAAGUCAAUGAAUGUUUGGAGUUUUGAAAUGGACAUUUGAAUGAGAGAUAAAGAUGGUAAAACCGAGCCAUAGCAAAGUGGAGAUGUGCAUUUCCACAAUUUUAGUGUCAAUAAUUUGGUUCACUGUGUUUUGAAAAAGCUGCUUAAAUGACAAAGAGACUUGUAUCAGCAGAGACUAGGUUGCAGUUCAGACAGAGGAGGAGGAAGUGACACAAAGUUAGAUAAUUUGGUCUGAAAUCAAAUAAAAUCUAAAAAUUCAGAAGGAAAAGCGCUUAGUUGUGACAUAAGCCAAGCAAGCUGAUUUCCUCACUGAGAAAACUGCAAGUGAAAACAUGGUUUGUAUCUAUGAAUUGUAUUGUAAGAGGAUAUAAGACAUUUGUUUAUAAGUGAUUAUGACAAGAGUGGUUUGGCAUUGAUCUCCCCUGGAAAUGGAUUGUUCUUUAAAAAAAUGUUUUGUUUUUUUUUUCUUAUUUGAUGGGUUUUUAUAUAGAUGUAUAUUGAGAAAAAAUACACAAAAUUUAAGGACAAAAAACAAGCAAAAUUCUUAGUUGUAUAUUAAUAAUACAUUGUUUGGAAAGCACAUCUCAUUUGAUACAGCCUCACCAAGCAAAUAACCAGAAAUGUGUGUCACCUAUUUAUAUUUUGUAUUGUCAAAAAAGAAAAAAAAAAAGUUUAUAUGUGUUUUUCAUAAGCCAAUGUGUUGUAAUUUUAUGCUUCUUCAACAAAGCCAGCGAAGAGUACAUAAGAACAUUGGAAGCAGGAUGGAUAAGAUGGCAUUGUUGUGAAAUGUUUUCAUGGCUUAUUGCUCCACCAUUUUGAAUUCAUCACCAGUGCAUCUUAAGAGAGGUUGUUUCUGUUGUGAGCAUGACAAAAAAAAACAAAAAAACAACAAUUGUACAAAUGUUUAUAUUAUAUUCUUUCCAAGUGCCAGUUUUCGUGGUGUCAUUUGGAUAUUAACUCAUUAGUGUGCUAAAAGGAGUCAGAUGGUAUUUGAGGCCAAUUUAAGGACACUGUACAGAGGAAACCGCCAUAGUAUAUAUAUUUUUACAAAGAGCUAAAGGAGGAUAGUAUUGGGAAUUAAUGAAGGCAGCCAUUUUGGAUCUCUUAAUUUUAUAAGACUGCAAACUAUGAGAUAAGGGCAAAUCGGUUUGAAUCACUCAUGCAACAUUUUUAUAGGCAAACGGCAUGUGCCUGCAUCAAAGUCUGAAUUUUCAUUUUAUUUGUGACUUUGUGGAGCUUGCAUAUUUUACAGUGUUUACAAAGAUGUGCGUCGUGGUAAAAAGUCAGUAAACAAAAAAUGUAUACGAUUUUAAUUUCAGAGUUUUAAAAGAAUACUAUUUAUAAUCCAAGUAUCCCCUCUUAUGUGUCCUCAAAAGUCUGUGCUGUCCCUUGGUAAGAAUUUUGUUAAAUCAUUACAGUUGCUAAAGCAGCGCCACAACCAAAGGAUUCACUCAACAUAGUACAUCAACAAAAAUGUACAAAAUCCAAGAAAACAUGGACACACAAUGAAUCAAACCAACCUACCUGUGUAGAUAUUUCUGAAUCAACAUUGUCAAAAUUACUGUACAACUCAGUAGCAGAUGUGUUUGUACCUAUCACGUGCCUUAACCUUUUCCAUAGUAGAUCAAAAUAAAUGUGUUUUAUAUAAUGUUAUUCCUCCCUUUCAACUAUCACAGCUCUUACCCUAAUAUGUAUCCUCUUCUGACCAUCUGUCAGAUCAAAAAAAUUCCUUUAAAAUAAUCCCCAUGUUAUCCCAAUGGCGCACCUAUCCCAUCCCUCCAAGUAGUUUAGACUGUUGGUGGCUAAUUUCUGCCUUGUAUAACAUUGUAUGAUAAAGAUUUUAAAAGAUAGUCAUUCAAAAACUGGUUUUGAUUUUCUAGAGGAGUAAAAAUUGUUCGGUAGUGAGCUGAGGCCAUGUCACAGUGACAGAAUGUAUUAUGUUAAUUUUACUAAUACCCAGAGGCAAAUAUUACGCUUGUUAAACAUAAUGGAAAAAUACUGGUUUGUAGAGUAUAAAUUUGGUGUGUUUUCAAUAAAUCAUGCCUGGAAAGAA